UUCACCUGGUCGUCGGGGUUGCUGUACCUAUGGAAUUUGGAUAUUGUCACCAAUGGCAUGGCAUACCCCCUACAGUACGCGUUUUUCGGAUCCGCCGCGUUGGGUUUUAUCGUGCUACGGAUCGUCAGCUGGUACGCCUACAAGCGGGUGGCCGAUCAGCGGUACUCCAGCAUCGAAGAUCGAUACCUAACCGCACAAAACCUAAAAGCGGCCAUCCUGCUGUGCUACUUGGCGCCGUACAAGUCGUUGUGCAACGUGCUGUCGCUGUUCGUCUACAACUGGAUCUUCGAGCAGCACACCCCCGAGUAUUUCCCCUACUACGGCGCCUUCUAUUUUAUGGGCAACCAUUUGCAGCUCUACCUCCAGCUCAUCCUCACCGUCAUCGGCCAUCGGCAGCUGGUCGACGAGUUUUUGAAAAUGAUUGUUAUAGGGCUGGAGAUACGGCAAAACGAGCAGGACGUGAGGAGUGUCAUCGGCGGGAGGAUGAUCUUUACAUACGAGGAGGAGAACCAGAUAUAUCACAAGCAAAUGCAAGACAUGUGGCAAUCCGUCGUUCCCGCCAAGGAGCCGCCGAAGCCACGCAACGAGAAGCGCAAACGAUACGCUACUGUGGAGCCACAUAAGGAAGUA